AUGGCUGAACCUCCCGAGAUUGAAGACUCGGAAUUCAUUGCGCUUUGCGCUCAGUAUCUUGACCUCAAGUUUGACUUGACCCAAGAUCAACCGGAGCCUGGCCAUGAUCAUAAUCAUGAUCAGUUUUCGUCUCCUUGUUCCAACGACACGGACCAGGAUGGAACCCGUCACUCGAAACACUCAGCAUCCACUGCCCAUACAACCCCUUUACGACCAAGCCCUCACCUGGUGGAAGAACCAGACUUCAGUAGUCUACCGAGUUUCUUGCUACACCUCCAAUACUCAGAUAUGCCACAUGCCUCCAAAGACCUGUUCGCCAUGCUAGCAGAUCAUAUCUGCGAGAUCACUUCGUUGCUCAUGCCCAAUACUCGUCUUCAUGAAGAUUCUAUUGGAACACUGAUUGAGCAUUCCAAUAUCAUUAUUGCACAGGUACAACAAUCAGCCAGACAGGUACUGGGACAGAUCCACAACAUAGCAUAUAUCAAGACACUGGCACCAUUUGAGGUCCAUCCUACCACCAUCGACCUUUGGUGUAAUUAUCGGCAAAUGGUUCAACUUAUCGUCAAGCAAGUAUACAACCUUACCUUGUCGAACGGAACUCGUGUUGCUGGAACAUUUGACCCACGUCUUUGAUGCCCAUGUGUAUCACCCUUUCCUACAGAGCCCUAGACUGAGACAAUGGCCAAGCAAAGUCGAAAAUGCACUGAACAUGGCAUAUGAUGGUAUCAUGAGCCUUCUUCACUCAUACAAACGGUGGUGCAAGGCAAUGAAGGAUAUCAAGCAGAACCACAUUUUACCUGUAUUGCGAAACAUUCAGAACUCUCCGGAGAUAUUGCAAUUGAUCAAAGACUCUGAGGCACUGCAAGAUGCGGCAAAUGCUGCAAUGAGAUAUGAUAACGCCCCUGGAACUAAACCCGUGGAUCCGACAUUGCUGCGUCUUUUUGAGCAGGCGACCAGACCACCGCGACUUCCACCGAGGAAUAAAGACAAA